AUGGCCUAUUCACUUCUUUCUGAUUUGGAGGCUACUCGCGAUGACUGGCUGAUUAGAGUCCGAGUCUGUCGGCAGUGGGAUUUUAUUAAUUUCAAGCGCAGCCCAGAAAUGAUAAGCCUUGACAUGAUACUAAUUGAUGAAAAGGGAACUUUGAUGCACGCAAUAAUAUGGAAGAACCAACUCAAUAAGUUUGGUGAUAAGUUGAGUGAAGGAUUUGCAGUCAUUAUUAGAAUCUUCAAAGUUUCAUCAUUAACCGGUGACUACAAACCAGUACAGUCGAACUUUAAAAUAACAUUUUUGCAGAAAACUGCCAUCCAAAAACUACAAGAUGAUAUUGUCUAUAUCCCUAAGAAUGGUUUUCAGUUUAUUCAACCAGAAGUUAUUCGCUCAAGGAUCAACAACAACAUUCUACUGUCAGAUGAUCUGACUAUCAAAGCAAGGAUAACUUUGUGGGAGGACCAUGGCGAAUCAUUUUACCCCUAUGUAUAUCCCAACGACUUUGGACCCUACAUUGUCAUUAUCACUGCUAGAACAGUCAAAGAAUUAAGAGGCGAACUAACUUUUGCCAUCACCGCUGCAAGUAAAAUUUAUGUCAAUCUUAAAAUGGACAACAUCACCGCCUUGCUUCAUAAAUUCUCAAAGAAAUCAGUUCAUAUUGUAACUAUUGCGAGUGGAAACUCAAGUAUAGUUCCCAAUGCACAAGAUAUGUUUGAAAACUGGAUGACUGUUGCAGAAUUAUUAGAUUCUGAAUAG